GCAAGAAAUUGCACAAGAAUUUUGGCACCAAUGGAAUUUUUCCAACUGCUAGGGAGCAGUUGACGGAAAACAUAUUAGAAUUCAAGCUCCCCCCAGAACAGGCUCACUUUAUUAUAACUACAAAAAAUUUUUUUCAAUUGUUUUGAUGGCAGCCUGCGAUGCAAACUAUAAAUUUACAUGGGUAGAUAUAGGUGACUAUGGUGGCAUUUCUGAUGGUGGAGUGUGGGCAAACUCCGACUUUGGUCGUAGCCUGGACAGAGGACAAGUGGAUUUACCUUUCCCUCAGCAUUGGCCUGGAAUGGUGGAACCAAUGCCUUUUACGUUUGUCGGUGAUGCUGCAUUUCCUCUUAGAACCUUUAUGAUGAGACCGUAUGCAAAACCCAAGCGAAGGAGAAACCAAGGACAGCAAGAAAAGGGAGAAAGAAAUGAAGAAAAUUAUUACGACAGAGAUGUUGUUGUGGGUCUGGGAAUGCCAGAAACGAUUUUCAACUACCGACUCUCAAGGGCUAGGAGAGUUAUAGAGAAUGCCUUCGGUAUUCUUGUGGCAAAGUGGACCAUUUUGAAAGGCAGCAUCGCCUGUAAUUUGAAGACCUGUGAAACAAUAGUGUUAGCUUUGGUGGUGCUCCAUAAUUUCCUUCUGUCUUCUGAAGAAGAAUUGCCAACGCAACAACAUCGAUACAAUGUUCAAGGAUUGACUGACCAGGAAGGGUCACAUGGUGAGCUAUUUCAAAAUGGUGCAUGGCGUAGAGAAGUGCCUGAUAUAAAUAUAUUCCAACGAAUUGGAAGGAUGGGUAAUAACAAUGCAGCCGCUGAUGCCAUCAAACUUAGAAAUACCUUAAGGGACUACUUUGUAAGCAAAGCUGGUGAAAUUGAAUGGCAAUACGAAAUUGCUACUCGAAAUAAUCCUAUUAUGAGAGGACCAUUGUAGAGUUUAUAAAAGAGUUUAUAAGUAGAGUUCCUGUCAUGUAUAUAAAGGCCUGGAACUGUGGCUUUUCGAGACAUCAGAAGAUACCAAAAGUAACUGAUUGUGAGUUGCUGAUACGAAAAUUGCCAAAUUGCCGUUCCAACUAGGGAUGGGCGAUACAAUAGAAAAUAUCGAUAUUUUAUAUCAAUAUGUAUCGUAAAUAAAAUAUCGAUGUAUCAAAAAUAUCGAAUGGGAUAUAUCGAUAGUGGUGAUAUCGA